AUGUCAACUACUCCACAAUGGUUCAUGAUUGGAGGAGAAGGUCCUGAGAGUUACAACCAACAUUCCUCGUAUCAGAGAGCUUUGUUGGAAGCCGCAAAAGAAAAGAUGAACGAGGCUAUCUCUGCCAAACUCAGCAUCGACUUGAUAUCCAAUCGCUUCAGUGUUGCGGAUUUUGGCUGCGCAAGUGGACCAAACACUUUUACCGCAGUCCAAAACAUAAUAGAUGCAGUACAAGACAAGUACCGCAAAGAAACCGGACAAAACCCUGUUGAGAACAUCGAGUUCCAAGUCCUCUUUAACGACUUUACAACCAACGAUUUCAACACUCUCUUUCAGGCACUUCCUGCGGAGAGAAGAGAAGGUACUAUAGCGCUGAGUUUCCACAUAGGAGUUAUCAAUUAUGCUUUCCAUUUCACCUCCACAAUCCCUAAAGGGAUCACCGACCGCGACUCUCCACUGUGGAACAGAGACAUGCAUUGCACCGGGUUUAACGAAGCCGUCAAGAAAGCAUAUCUUGAUCAAUACUCGGUCGACACCAAGAAUCUGCUAGACGCUAGAGCUGAAGAGCUUGUCCCCGGGGGAUUAAUGUUGCUCUUUGGUUCAGGUCUAAGAGACGGGGUUAAGAUGUCAGAGACCCCUAAAGGAAUGGUGAUGGAUUUUAUUGGAGCUUCUCUAAACGAUCUUGCUCAACAGGGUGUCAUCGAGCAAGACAAGGUUGACACUUUUAGCACACCACUUUACAUUGCAGAAGAAGGCGAGAUAAGGCAAAUCAUAAAAGAGAAUGGGAAGUUCACAAUGGAGGCUUUUGAGGAUAUCAUUCACCCAUAUGGUGAGUUUCCACUUGACCCGAAGAUAUUGGCCGUUUCCACCAGGGCCUCUUUUGGAGCUUUCAUAACUGCACAUUUUGGAGCAGAUGCAAUGAGGAACGCCUUUGAACUCGUCGAGGUCAAGGCACGGGAAGAGUUUUCUGGCAUCCAAAAUGCCAAACCAGGAAUGCAGUACCUCAUCGUGCUUCGCAAGAACUGA